AUGACUCCUGGUCAUAUUGAAAGCCCUCUCAUUCAAGGUGCUCAACGAUAUCAACGUUUAACGCUGAUCAAUGGAGGUAGUAUACGUAUUAUUGACACAAAUAAUCUUGUUGUUGCUUCAAAUCCAAUAUGGGGUUACGAUUAUAAUCCUUCCUAUGGUACAUACAAUGGAAAGUUUACCAAAUUGAAUAUACUUUAUGCUAUGGCAUUAGAAAAUGCAGCAUCUUUGGCUGAUGUUGUUAACAAUACGACUGCAGCUCUUCAGUAUCGUCAACAAGCUGCAGCUGUACGAACUGCAGUGAACACUUAUCUCUACAAUUCUACUGCCAACUUUUACAUGAUUUCCGAUCAGCAAACUGUCGGUAUAGCUCAAGACACCAAUUCAUUGGCCAUUCUGUCUGGUAUUGCAUCCGAAUUGAACUCUAGUAUACCUCAGCGAUUGCUCGAGCAGAUGAAACAAAAGCUACGUGUGUUGGUUGCUAAUGGUACUGGAUAUCUAUCUACCACUGCGGACGGAAUUCCUUCGGGUACUUCGGUCAUUGUUUCACCAUUUAUCUCUUUUUUUCAUGCAGCAGCAGCUUUUGAACAAGAUAGAAGUGAUCUCGCGUUUGAUGUACUCGAUUCUGUUUGGUCACCUAUGGCCCAACCGGGUCCUUAUUUCACCGGCACAUUUUGGGAAUCAGAACGUCCUAAUGGCUAUCCUGGCGCUUCUACAAGUAUGGCACAUACUUGGAGCGCAGGAAUAACCCCAAUUCUGUCAAAAUAUGUGCUUGGAAUCAAGCCUAUGUCUGCUGGAUAUACUAAAUGGUCGAUUCGUCCUCAACCAGGCAAUCUUACGUGGGCUGCUGGAAGUGUUUGUACACCUCAUGGAAUUAUAACAGUCAAUUGGAAUAAUAGCCAUGCUGAAUUCAGAAUUGUAGUCAAUAUUCCUCGUUCCACAAGUGGUAUCUAUUCUAUGAAUCAUAAUUUUCAAUUUUGA